AUGCAGAGGGAUAGUGACGGCAUCUCACCUAAAGGGAAAGUUGAGUCAUGGGUGAGGGUCAAAAGACCCUCCAGCUCAGUGAGCAAAAAGGAGUUGGAUGACGCCAACAAGAUCAACGCUCUCUCAAGGAAGUACAGUGCCAUGGGCAAUCUGAACAGCCGCUGGCAGAACUGGUCCUCGACGAACACCGUCAACCAGAAGCUCAACCCCUUCAGUGAGGACUUUGACUAUGAAUACUCCAUGUCCCUACGCCUCCACAAAGGCGAGGAUGGUUACGGACGCCCCAAGGAGGACACCAAAACAGCCGAACGUGCCAGGCGAGCUGAGCAACACAUCCACGGUGAGAUAGCCGACAUGUGCUAUGUGAUCAGGACUAUGAACGACCCAGAUCCCGACGGGAAGACCCGCGUCACUUUCAGAGAACUGUUUGAUAGAUACGUACGCGUCUCUGACAAGGUGGUGGGGAUUCUUCUGAGAGCCAAGAGGCAUGGGAAGGUGGCAUUCGACGGGGAGAUGCUGUGGCAAGGGCAGGAUGAUGGUGUUAUCAUGUGGCUUCCUCUCUUGUGGAACCAAGUGUAUUCGGAAACUGUCCACUGCAACCUGAGCCAGAAUGGGAUGGACCACCAGAUGUGCCCGGACGAUGUGACCUCUCACCUGGAGGAGGAGCCUCUGGACCAGGGCGCCAUGCUGGACGACGACAGCCCCACCUAUCAGGACGUGAGCCCCGGGUACCAGCGCCGCUCACCGCCCCAGCGCUCCGUCUCCGAGUCAGAACUCUCACGUUCGGGGAACGUAAAGCUGUCCAAGCCGGUGGCCCUGUGGACCCAGCAGGACGUGUGCAAGUGGCUGAAGAAGCACUGCCCCAAGCAGCACCAGAUCUACAGCGACUCCUUCAAGCAGCAUGACAUCACAGGACGGGCUCUGAUGAGAUUGACAGACAGGAAGCUGGAGCGAAUGGGCAUCAUGCAGGAAGGCCAACGGCAGUACAUCCUCCAGCAGGUCCUGCAGCUCCGCGUCAGAGAGGAAGUCCGAACCCUGCAACUACUCACGCAAGCCUCUAGCCAAAACGGGUCCCCGAAAAUCACACUGAGCUCCAACAAACAGUGCUAA